AUGGAGGAAAGCGAGAGCACUCUAAUUUACUUCGUGGAAGACAACCAAGACGAUGACUCAGAUAUGGCGAGCAUUUGCACCAUGACGUCUGAACUUACCGAACAUACGAUGAGCACACUUACAUCUGAUUUAACAACGAACUAUUUCCGAGAGGUCAAUGGAAGAAUGUUUCCUAUUGACCGGAAUGUUCCAUUCAUUCUUCCGGCAGAUGCUAGAGAGUGUCAGCGUCUGGAGGCUCAGCACACGGCCCUGAAACUCCUCCUCGGAGCUAAUUAUUUUGGUCCCGUAAAAGAAGUGCUAUCCCGAGCCCCUAAUCAACCUCGUAAGCGCGUAUUAGAUCUAUUCACAGGGGAAGGUACUUGGGUUCGUGAGAUGGCUGCAGAAUUCCCUCACGUAGACUUUAUCAGUGUCGAUACUGUCCCGUUCGUCCCUCACAUUCGGUGCGCCAAUAUACUAAGCUACGAAGUAUAUGACCUGUACAAUGGGAUCGCGGAAGAAGACGAAACCUUCGAUAUUGUGCAUCUGAGAUAUGCAAUGCUCAAGAGCAUCGCUUGCUCCCCCCGUGUGGCACAGAUAAAAGACCUCGCCGAGCUCGUACUGGAAAUACACCGUGUGCUCCGCCCAGGCGGCCUCUUCCUCUAUUGCGAGUUUGAAAACGAAGAGUAUGACGCCUCCGUUGAAAACCAUGAUGCCUCCCGUACUGCGCCAUGUUUAGUUCGGGCAAUGCGCAUCUCCCGAGAAGAGCUUGACCGCCAGGGGGUAUAUGCGUAUGCUUACAAAGACGUUCCUGCCUUAUUGAAUCCCACAUGCGCUCUUUGGAGAAACGAAGAAGAGCCGAGAGGCUUCACGAAUAUCACAACGGAGGCGAAGAUGUGUCCUGUAGUCUGUCUGCUGCGAUCUGUGGAGGAACCUGCGGUCAAUGUUCCUUACCUAUGGGAUGAAUGA